AUGGGCUCACGCGGCGUAGCACACUUGAGCUGGGUGGUAGUGGUAGCUUGGGCAUGGAGCGCCGCUGCGCGCACCUUGUGUCCACCGCGAUGCGCAUGCGACGAUGCAUUGAGAGCCGCGUCGUGCGCCAAUGCAGGCCUCGAGAUUGUACCCAUACAACUCAAUCCGGAAGCGACCCACAUAAACCUCACUCACAAUUCUAUCGACAACCUUCUCUACACCUUUGGGUUUUACACACAACUAACAAUCCUCGAUAUCUCCUACAACAAAGUGCAAGAUUUAGGUAGUAAAAACUUCGAUAACAACAUCGAAAUGACUCAUCUCAAUGUGAGUCACAACGCUCUGAGGAAAUUAGAUAAAGAUACGUUCGUCGGUCUGAAAAGACUCGUGGACCUCAAUUUGUCAAAUAAUGAGAUAUCUACUAUAGAUAUACAAACAUUCAAAGACCUUGCGGUAUUAGAGAAACUCGACUUGUCAAAUAAUAAAUUAGUGACUUUUGAAGCUGACACUUUUGAACCGCUUUCUUCACUGAGGAUAUUAUACCUGAGAAAUAAUUCAAUACUAGAAAUACCAUCGGUGAAUUUGCUCACAAUCAUCAAAUUAGAAUUUUUGGAUCUAUCAGAAAACUUAAUUCAGAAGAUACCUAAACAUGGAGUUCCGUAUUUGAAGGAGUUGAGGCAUUUGGAUUUGAACAAUAAUAUAAUCGACGAAAUAGAUCACUUGGGCUUACACAAUUUACCUUCUUUACGCCACUUAGACCUCAGCGAUAACAACAUGACCACGAUCCCGACACCUGCUAUAUCGAAGUUGUCCAAUUUGUCUCAUCUAUAUUUGAGCGGCAAUUUUUUCCACAACAUAACGUCCCUCUCAUUUCAAAGUCUCUUUCACUUGAAACAUUUACAUUUAAGUAGGAUAUUUAAUUUAGAGAAAAUAGAUUCACGAGCAUUCGUAGACAAUAUAAAUCUACAAAAGAUAUGGAUGAAUGAGAAUUUAAAAGUGAGAGAAGUGCCUCCAAGAUUAUUUCACGGGAACCCUAAACUGACCCAUAUUUACAUGAGAAACAACGCUUUGGAGACGCUCGAGGCGUCACACUUCCCCAUUGAUACUUUACAAGAGCUCGAAAUAUCUGGUAAUCCUUUCGUUUGCAAUUGUUCACUAGUUUGGCUUUGGACACUGAUGAGAGAAUGUGAAAUUCGGAGUAGACGAAACGGAAAUUUAAGCACCAUACUCAGAAUUGAUUACGAUGACGUUAAAUGUGCUGCACCAGAACACCUGAAGAAUAUUCACUUCGUUCAGAUACCGGAGUCAGAGUUUGGGUGCUCUAGUGGCUGGGUAAUUGUAGCGAUAGUGGUGAUGACAGUCAGCAUCAUCACCAGUGUUAUCGGUGGUGUUUUGUAUUUCAUGGGGCCUUUGAAGAAAUGCAAAGGAGACAAAUCGAAGCAGGUUAUGACGAGUGUCAUGUUGAAUGGCGACGUCUCUAAGUUAGGGAAUGGUUUGGUGUACACCACGCGGGGCAGAGAAGCCGAUAACAAACGCGAAGUGGAUAGAUAUUUAAUGAUCGGCUCAUCUGUGACAAACAAUUUCCAUUCAUUAAAUCCCCCAUGGCAGACGAUGGAUAAGAAUCCAUAUUACCAAGAAGAUAGUGAAGAACAUAUUUAUCAGCAGUUUGCGUAUGAGACCAUACCCCCUCACCGGACCCCUGAGAAACCACAUAUAGUGUAUGUGUAA